GCUCUCCAAAGGCCAAAGAAAUGGUUGGAACAAUGAACCGACAAUUCAUGCAGUGGCACUUUCAUUUGCAUCGAAUAUCGCCUACUACAAGCACCACCGCCGGUACUAUUAUUAUAAUAUUUCAAUUUUCACUCUCUCUCAAUUACCUCUUCGCUACGACCUGCUGGGGUAACGGAACCACUGCUGGCACGUACCAUGGCUGAGCGCCUGUUUACUUAACGUAGUUAUUAUGUGCGGCCGACCUUCGUUCCAGCUACUGUUACUUUCGAUCGUACUGGUACUCCAGUUUCAAUCAGCUGUGAUCUUGGCCCAUCAGGAAGAAUGUGGUCGAAGUUUUCGAAGGUCCAGGCAGCCCAGAGCUGGAUCAGUUGGACGGAUAAUUAAUGGGAAACAAAGUAUCAAAGGGGCUUGGCCCUGGCAAGUUUCGUUACAAUUGUUGCACCCCGAGUUCGGGUUUUUAGGACAUUGGUGCGGGGGCGUCAUGAUAUCACAAGAAUGGUUGCUGACUGCCGCGCAUUGCAUAAACAAUGAGCUGUUCAACCUGCCCCUGGCGCCCCUUUGGACGGCAGUGCUUGGCGAUUGGGACAGGGACAUGGAGGAAAUGACUGAAGAGAGAAUUCCAGUGGAAAAAGUGAUUCUACAUGAGAGAUUCCACAACUUCCAGCACGAUAUCGCUUUGAUGAAAUUGUCGAGGCCAGUGAAAUUCACGUCCAAAACGCGAAUUCGGGCAGUCUGCCUGCCCACAAAGCGACUGAAUCACAAUCAAACUGAUUUUUGUGUCGCCACCGGUUGGGGCCGAGAUCUCGAGGACGGUCUCUUGGCUGGCAAACUCUUGGAAGCCAAAGUACCCGUACUCGACAAUGCGAUUUGUAAGAAAAAGUACGGGCAUGCUGUACAUAUUCGGAGCGGCCAUCUGUGUGCCGGACACAUCGACGGAAGCACCGGAACUUGUGUGGGCGAUUCUGGAGGUCCCCUACAAUGUGCCAUGGCGGAUGGCCGCUGGAUAUUAGCCGGAAUAACAUCAUUUGGAUCUGGAUGUGCUAAACCAGGCUUCCCGGACGUUUACACCCGAUUAUCGUACUACUUGCCGUGGAUUAAAAUGAAAAUGAAAUCUAACCGAAGCGAGCUUCGGCAAAGAUAUGGAUGAAAAUACACCCUGGCAAAUGAACUCAAAAUACCUUGUUGAACUGAUGUGCUUGUCGCCAAUCAUUGUUAAUAAAACUAGUGCUUAUGGUUGUUAAACGAUUUUUACUUAUACUUAACGAAUAUGCGAAGCGAAUAAAUCGUCAACAGGUAAUUAACAAAGACCGGAUUCGUUCACAAGGCAAAUGAGAAAAUUAUUUCGCCAAAAGUUAAAAAUAAUUACAAAACCAGUAUAAACAUAAAUGAAUAUUUUUCAAGUCAUGAUAUCUCGUUAGUUGUUGCGCAGCGACGAACGCAAGAGGUUUAUCAGUUUAACCAGUUUGGAAAUCCGA